ACGGGUCAGCUCAGCAUUCAAAUGUAUUGAUUCUAAAACUAUUUGUGUUCAUUCACAUAUCCUCUUGCACGCCCUUGACAAACAAAGUGUUUUUUUUUCCUCCCCAAAGAAAAAUAUUGAAGUAAAUUUCAAAAGCCAUCUUAAAAGACUGUCGAAUGGUUGAAUGUGACGUGUGCUCAUGUUGCCUUCGGGCAUGUUGGAGGAGCAUGCUGAGUGACAGUGGGUCUGACGAGUCAACCAGCUGAGGAAGGGCCAUGCACUGCCUGGUGUCGCUUCCUCACUCCCCCACUCCCUCACACGACCACCGAAAUGGCCGGCUGGGGCACCUUCUUCUUUUCCCUCCUGAACUACAAGACGGAAAAGUAUGUCAUCGCCGAAAACAGGAAGAUUGGAAUACUGUUUCGAAUCUACCAAUUGGCCGUGCUUGGAUACAUAAUCGGGUGGGUGUUUGUGAUGAAGAAGGGCUACCAGGAAAGAGAGGAGGCCAUCCAGUCCUCCGUCAUCACCAAGCUCAAAGGCGUCACUCUGACCAACAGCUCUGAGAGCGGCCUUCACCUGUGGAGUGCCGAGGACUACGUCAUUCCACCAAAUGGAGAGCAGGUUUUCUUCGUGGUAACAAAUUACAUUGAGACCCCCAAUCAGAGGCUGGGCUUCUGUGCCGAGAGUUUCAAGGUACCUGAUGGCCAAUGCUUGAGUGAUGAUGACUGCACCGAGGGGGAGACUGUCAUAGCAGGACAUGGAAUUAAAACGGGCUUGUGUAUAAACAGCACCGGCACCUGCGAGAUUCAUGCCUGGUGUCCUGUAGAACACAGCAAAAGACCCACAGUGCCAUUAAUGAGCGAAGCCGAAAACUUCACCAUUUACAUCAAGAACUUCAUCAGGUUCCCAAAGUUUGAAUUUUCCAAGUCCAACGUUCUUGACACCACUGAUGACAGCUACUUGAAAAGAUGCUCCUAUGACCAAGUGGACCAUCCUUACUGUCCCAUCUUUCGCCUCGGAGAUCUAGUCAAGUGGGCGGGACAUGACUUCCAGGACAUGGCUGCAAAGGGUGGCUCUGUUGGUAUCCUAAUUGAAUGGUACUGCGAUUUGGAUAAGGACUACUCUCAGUGUAAUCCACAAUACAGCUUCACCCGUUUGGACAUAAACUUGAACAACUCCGUCACAUCAGGAUACAAUUUCAGAUAUGCCAGAUACUAUAAAGAUCAAAAUGGGGAAACCUUUCGCACUUUAUAUAAAGUAUAUGGAAUUCGUUUUGACAUCAUGAUCAACGGCCAGGCAGGAAAAUUCAACAUCAUUCCCACAAUAAUUGCCAUCGGCUCUGGUGUCGCUCUUCUAGGAAUAGGAGCCUUUGUAUGUGAUAUGAUCCUACUGUAUAUGAUGAACACCAGCUCCUUCUAUAGAAACAAGAAAUUUGAGAUCAUCAAUUUCAAGAAAGAGCGGAACACAAUCAGAGAGAAGAAGAAUCGGGAAAGGGAAAGGAAAUCCAGGAAACUAGCUGCAGAAAAGGGGGCUACCAACUCCAUGAAACAGACAGAUGAUAUUGAAGCCAUGGAGGUUCAAAACAAGGCAACCAAGGACAAACGGGGUCCCACCAUUCCACGUAACACCGGCCAGCGGUACACCUCCACCCUCUCUGCACAUGGUGCGGAACUAAAGCAUCACAUCACAUUUGCUUCACACAAUUGAAAAUAGAAGAAGCAAUUGCAAGGCAAAAAUGACCCGCGGCGUUGGUCUCGAAAGGUGGAACCAAAAAACUGUAACUCACUUAUCACUUUAGUGACAUGGCUGCUGGCUUGUCACCUGCUCAGAGAGACCGC